AUGACUUCCCCAUCGGAGAACCGGCUGAAACAACUUGAAAGCAUCGAAAUUGACAUCGCUAAUGUCGUGCUACAUGCAGGGCAAGCAAUUGGUGAACUCAGCGAAGAGAAGUUGAACGAGCACAUGACCGAACACUACACCAAGCAGUUUUUUAAGACGCUGGAAAAAGUGGAGAAAUCCCUCUCUGAACAAAUCAACUACUUGUCACAGGUUGCAACUGGCCAACCUCACGAAGGAUCUAGCUACUCGGCCCAGAAGGAUGCACAGAUGGCCAUUCAUCGUCAGGAGCACCUCAAGAGUGAACUGAACGAGCUCAAGAGUAUUUGCGAAGGCUGA